UCAUUUUAUAAACUCAUACUAAUAGUAAACUCUUUUUUCAUUUUCUCUAUUAUUCUUUCUCUUCAAAGGGUAAAAAGCUAUUUACUUGAGUGAAAUUUUGACAAAUUUGGAGAAUUUGACAACUUUUUUCUGCAUUUCUCAAGAGGUAAAAAGUUUAGUUUAGUAUAAAAAGAGAAUAUUUAGCAUGGGUUCGGAUUUCGUGGAUGAGAUAGAUUGUAGCAGCUUCUUUGACCAUAUGGAAGAUUUGAUUGAGUUUUCCCCAGAGAAUGAGUGUGGUGGCCUUGACGCUGUUGAUUGUAAGGAUUUUCCAAGCAUUUGGAACGAUCCGUUGCCUGAUUCCGACCCUCUUUUCUCUGGCAGUUAUAGCAAUUCAGCUUCAGACUUCUCGGCGGAGCUCUCAGUUCCGUACGAGGAUAUCGUUCAACUCGAGUGGCUUUCAACGUUCGUGGAGGAUUCCUUCUCUUGUGAGGGUUUGACACUGGGAAAAGAACAUUGUUCUGUCAAAAAGGAGUCCUUUGAUAGCAAAUUCCUGACCUCAAGUCCUGUUUCUGUACUUGAGAGCAGCAGCAGCAGCAGCAGCUCAUCCACAUCAAGCUCGGGACCGGGGAAAACACUUCCUCCUCUUAGUCCAUGCCCCCGUGGUCCACAACGUGCUCGGACUAAACGUUCUCGUCCUACAACUUUUAAUCCCCGGCCAGUAAAUCACCUCAUGUUUCCAACAUCAGUAAUUCCCCAGCAAUUUGUUGCCCCUGGAGUUAACUCAUUGGACUCUGAGAAUUUCGCCAAGUCUCCCAUGAAGAAGAAAAAGAAAAUCAAGUUGUCAGUUCCUCUAGCUCCAAUCGAGACUAAUCAGGAUAACUACCAGCCCACGCCACAAGCAGUUAGGAAAUGCUUGCAUUGCGAGAUAACAAAGACGCCUCAAUGGAGAACGGGUCCAAUGGGACCAAAAACCCUCUGUAACGCCUGUGGUGUUCGCUACAAGAAAGGCAGGCUCUACCCUGAGUACCGUCCUGCUGCAAGUCCCACAUUCGUUCCAUCCUUGCACUCCAACUCUCACAAGAAGGUUCUGGAAAUGAGAAGCAACGUUUUCCCCGAGGAGGAUACAGAUUACAAGCAGGCCAAGCCUAGACGAGCCCGCCCCCUUAUCAUUGGCCAAGCUGAAAACAACACCACAGCUAGUACUACUCCAACCGCGCAAUCAGAUCUCAACCCCGAGUAACAAAAUCAUCAUAGGAGCAGACAGAGCAGACACCAGUUUUUCCUAGUCCUCAUUUUUUUCAGGUCUUUAGUGUUAUUUGCUUACUGUUUUUUCAUUGCUUUGUUCAUUGGUUCUUUGUACAAAGAUGUAGGUGUGGGGGGUGAGGGUAUAGUAAAGAAGUAGAUGACAUAUUUUAGUUGGUAGCUAGAGUUAAGAGAUAAAAAUGGAGUCAGGCUAGGCAGCUGUAGUGUUAUUUAAGACUAGAUUUGGAGUCUUUAUAAGUGUUAGUGAUCUUUUUGUUAGACUUGUGGCCUUCCUUUUUUUCUCAUCUUUUUGAUGGGGAAUUCUUUUUGCAGUUACUAUGAUUGUUUUUACAAUAUUCUAUUCUUGAAUGAGUAAUGGUUUCAAGUAA